AUGGACUCUUACUCCGGCUACAACCAAAUCAUGAUGCAUGAGGACGACAAGACAAAGACCUCCUUCAUCAUCGAAAGAGGUACAUAUUGCUACAAAGUCAUGCCCUUUGGGCUGAAGAACGCUGAAGCAACCUACCAAAGGCUGGUGAACAAAAUUUUCAAGGAGCAAAUCGGCAAGACUAUGGUUUACGGAGAUGACAUGCUAGUCAAAGCUUGCGAGCGAGCAGGCCACAUCGAGAACCUUGCCGAGGCAGUCAGCUUACUCCGAAAAUACAACAUGAAGUUGAACCCGAAUAAAUGCACAUUUGGAGUCUCGUCCGGCCGAUUCCUUGGAUACUUAGUCACCUAA